GGCAAAAUUUUUGUUGUUUGCAGGAUAAAAAUAUCAUGUUAUUAAUUAGGGAAAAGCGCCUCUUUUCACGCUGGUUUCCCACCAAUGGAUCCCGAGCAAACCGCGGUUAAAAUUUAUCGCUAGCGAUCGCUGUAAUGACGAAGGGACACUUGUCUGAGAGAAAUUGUUCGCUGCGAGGAGUUCAACGAAACAAGAACUUUAUGCGGCAUUACCACGAAACUACUUUACGACUUUUUAACGAUGGAAGGUGCAUCAGAUAUUGCCUAAUUUAUCUGGAUUUCCUAUUGCUGUGUUUGCUGCUCUUAUUGGAUCUUAACUAACUUCCUUUUUUUUAUGAUGUUGCUUUAUUUUUCCAGGGCCGACGACUAUUUGAACGAGCUUUUCCUGAAUGCUGCUAAGGUGAGGUUUCAGCUGUAGUGAUCAUGUAACGCUUCCGUUUAGCGUAAUUACUUUUAGUUUGCUGCUUCGUUAUCGCUACUUUUUGUUCCUUUUUGUAUGAAACGUUUGAUCAGACUAACUUUAAUUCUAUCUUUUUAAAUACAGAAUGGUGACUAUGAACGAGUUCAAAACUUUCUGGCUCGAACGUCAAGAAACAGCGUAAGUUUAUACACGUAAACUAAGCAUACAGUACAUUCAGAAAUAAAAUAGAAAUCUAGGCCACUAACAAUGGAAGGAUAUAUAACACCUAGGGUAUUUGUUAAUCCAGCUUGAUCUAAAUUAAACUUUUGCAAGCAUUUAUAAAUUUUACAUUCAAGGCGCUCGUUAAUGAAUAAGUGUCUAAGUACACUGUAUUCUAAAAUUGCUUGUUUUGUGCAUCUGUUUUAAACUCAGUCUGUCAACGUGGAUGCUAAAGACAAAGGCGGUUACACUGCAGUCAUGUUAGCAGCAGUAAACAAGCACGAAAAGGUGAUGAAAUUUGAGAUUAUUAGCGCCAUUAAUACUGGCUCCAGUUGUUUAAAACGUGGAGUGGGUAGUGCUAUGCCCCAGUUUUUCAAAAGGUGGAUAGCGCUAUCCAGUGGAUAAUGCAAUAAAUUGGUCUUUAUACUACUGCCCUAUCCACCGGAUAAAUCUCUGUCCACAGGAUAGUGAUUUAUCCGGUGGAUAGUGCAAUCCAUCAGAUAAAUCUCUAUCCACGGGAUAGCGCAAUUGGUUUUCCUAAUACUUAUUCACUGGAUAGAGAUUUAUCCCGUGGAUAGCGCUAUCCAGCUUUUGAACAACUGGGACUAGGCUCCAGGUGUUCAAAAGAUGGAUAAUGCUAUCCAAUGCAGCCAGAUAAAUCUCUAUCCACUGGAUAGUGCAAUUGGUUUCCCUGAUACUUAACCACAGUGGAUAGUUUUUUAUCUGGCCCCGGUUGUUCAAACGUUGGGUAGCGCUACCCACCGGAUAAAUCUCUAUCCAGCGGAUAGCGUAAUUGAUUUCUGUAAUACUUAUCUGCCAGGCCCCGGUUGUUCAAACGUUGGAUAGUGCUAUCCACUGGAUAAAUCACUAUCCAGUGGAUAAGUAUUAGGGAAACCAAUUGCGUUAUCCACUGGAUAGACUUUUAUCCGGUGGAUAGCACUAUCCAGCGUUUGAACAACUGGGGCCUGAUAAUUAUUUAUCCGGUGGACAGUGCUAUCCAACGUUUGAACAACCGGAGCCUGAUGGAUAGUACUAAAUAAUUUGUUUCUGGCAGGGAUGUGAAUUGCUAGUUUUUGAGAACACAAUUGUUGAUUGUAGGUGACAACCUAUAACUUAAGGCAGCGGACUGAAGAACUGGGACUUAGGUCUGGCGUUAGAAUAAUGAGCUUGACUGGGCUUAACAUCAGACUUAAGAAGUUGAACCUGACAUAAAUUUAUUUAAAUGCAACAGGCCCCAGGACACGCACACACUUAGGUGUUGUGUGCCACAAUGAACUUCUUUUACUAAUAUUGUAUUAAGCAUUUUCAAACUCUGACUGAUAAUGUAGCAGUUUUGUUUCAGUGAACAAUUGCACUGCCUUUAAAAUUUUUUAUUCUUCAUCAUUAUUAUCAUGAUCAUUAUUAUUAUAAUUAUUAUUAUUUAUUUAUUUAUUUUUCACGUGAAAGGCUGUUGUAGGGUCUCAGCUUGAACAUUCUGACUCAUGGAGUUUUUGAUUCACUUCCAAGGAGAACAAAAAAGAAAAAAAAGAUUUAUAGUUUUUCUUUAUGCUUUUGAUGUAUAGGUGGUGUCAUUGUUAUUGAACUAUGGAGCUGACAUAACUCUGUGUAACAGCAAAGGGCAGUCAGUUUUGGAUUUUGCACCAGACUCAAUGAGGCCACUUCUUCUAGGUUUGUUAAAGAGUCUAAAACAUCUUUUUGGUUGGAGACGGCAUGGGCAAGGAAGACAGUGGACAAUAGAUAGUGAAUGCCCACAGUCAGCUAGUGUGCAAAGAAAGUCGUGUCCGAUAGCCCGGGACUAUAGGAUUUUGCUCCAGGGCUAGUGAUUUUUGUUUUUAACUUGUGCGAUGGGCAAGUGCUGUUUUUGGAGGAAAUUCAAAUUACAGAAAGAUUGUAAUCAAUCUUGCUAAUCAAAAAGGGUUUGGGUUAGUUGAAAUGACUUGUGGGCUAAGAUACGCUAGCUACAGUUUGCCCGACUGGCAGGCUGUAAAACUGACUUUCUUUGCACCCCGACAGUACACUAUUUCCUCAAGCUUAAGCCUCGUAGCAAAGUAUGAAUUUUAAUAUAUUAAAAUUGGUCUUUUGAAAUUCCCUCUUGCUUGAGUAAUAUACAAGGUAAGCUUAGUUUUAAUGGUUUUAAUGCUAUUAUUGAAUGAAAAGUCGUGGGUUAAAUAGAAAUGUAAUUAUGAUGUUUUCAUUGACUUUCAGGUUCUGUAGCACGCCAAGGUUAGUUCAGUUGGAUUUGUUUAGUUCAAUAUCUGCUACUUGUAAAUGUAAAGUAAGUGUAUUUUAUAUAGUGUGACUUCAUAAUUAUACAUUUAAAAAUGGGUUGUAUUACUGUACUGUUGUGGCAAUUAAUUAUUAAAUAUUGUGAUAGAUGUACAGUUUUGCAAAAGUCAAUUUACAGUGUCAUUUCAUAAUAAAUUGUCUUUUCGCAAAAGUUAUCAGUUCACAGUCAAUGGAGAAAUUCUACUGACUAACCACUAUAUACCGUCACAUAAAUGAGUAGUUCUAUGUAUCAUUACACUGCUUGUUUGAAUAAUAUUAUCUUACUUUUUGUACAGGGUAUUCCUCGCGUCAUUUACUACAGGCUGCUUGGCAAGGAAAUUCACAGCUUGUAAAGAAGUUACUAGUAAGGGACCAAUAAUUUUUGUAUUCAAGAUUCUCACCCACACAGGUUUCAAGUUGUUCUUAACUAUUGAAUAUGCUUUCAGCGUGAUUGUGUUCAGUAAGGCAAAGUCAUCUCAACUUAUGUUUCAGGCUUCAAAAUCAAGAUCAGCCAUGUUGGACGUAAACUGUAAGAAUGCUGAUGGCUUGACUCCUUUGCUUCUAGUUACCAGGGAUUUAAACCUCUUUGAGAAAAGUAUGUGAUUUAUUAUCAGUACAGUAGAACUUGAACUUUGAUUACUCGAAUUCCCCACUAACGUGAACUAAAUUUCCUUUCUCUUGAAAAUGUCAAUCAGAGUGCGUGUAGUAUUGUAGCCAUAAAGAUGUAAUAUAACUAUCUUAAAAAAUAAAUAAUAUUUUCUGCAAGGUAUCCCAGUUUUCUGACCUUAUUAGUUCAAGUUCUGAGAUGAAAAAACAUUUGAUCAUAUUAUAAUAUAAUUUUUGCCAUGAUAUACAGUGUAAUAUUCUGUUAUUACUAAGUAUUUUAUGAUCAUGAUUGCACUUGUAGUUGAGAAAGCUGUUCUGAAUAAUGGUUACCAUCCAGCAGAGGUGGUCAAAGAGUUGCUUCAACACAAUGCGUAAGUUGUAAAAUAUAACUUUGCCACCAGACUUGAAAAAUUUCUUUAAAUUCUGUUGCUUUCUAGGGCUGAUUUAAUAUGGUUUGUAUUAAUUUUGGUGAACUUUUGGUUCCUGCAGUGACUGUGGAGCUAGAGACACUGAGGGGAAGAGGCCACUUCAUUUAGCAGCGCACUGUAAAGGAAGCCAUGCUAAGAAUGUUGUUGAGAUGCUCAUUGAAAAGGCGUCAAGUGAUAUUGGUGAGUUUUACUCCCAGGGUCGGAGAGGGGCACUUUGGGGGUGGGGGAUGGUAGCAUUUUUAGAGACUAAUGUGACAAUGCACAAGGUGCAUGCAGUCAAGAGCUUCUUCAGUUUUCAGUUGUUGUUAGAAAUUCCUAUAUGCAUGUCACAUGCUUAAUUUAUAGUUACCCUUAAAUCAGGCAUUUUUUGAACAUUAAAAAUGCUUGAGUCANACAGGUUUCAAGUUGUUCUUAACUAUUGAAUAUGCUUUCAGCGUGAUUGUGUUCAGUAAGGCAAAGUCAUCUCAACUUAUGUUUCAGGCUUCAAAAUCAAGAUCAGCCAUGUUGGACGUAAACUGUAAGAAUGCUGAUGGCUUGACUCCUUUGCUUCUAGUUACCAGGGAUUUAAACCUCUUUGAGAAAAGUAUGUGAUUUAUUAUCAGUACAGUAGAACUUGAACUUUGAUUACUCGAAUUCCCCACUAACGUGAACUAAAUUUCCUUUCUCUUGAAAAUGUCAAUCAGAGUGCGUGUAGUAUUGUAGCCAUAAAGAUGUAAUAUAACUAUCUUAAAAAAUAAAUAAUAUUUUCUGCAAGGUAUCCCAGUUUUCUGACCUUAUUAGUUCAAGUUCUGAGAUGAAAAAACAUUUGAUCAUAUUAUAAUAUAAUUUUUGCCAUGAUAUACAGUGUAAUAUUCUGUUAUUACUAAGUAUUUUAUGAUCAUGAUUGCACUUGUAGUUGAGAAAGCUGUUCUGAAUAAUGGUUACCAUCCAGCAGAGGUGGUCAAAGAGUUGCUUCAACACAAUGCGUAAGUUGUAAAAUAUAACUUUGCCACCAGACUUGAAAAAUUUCUUUAAAUUCUGUUGCUUUCUAGGGCUGAUUUAAUAUGGUUUGUAUUAAUUUUGGUGAACUUUUGGUUCCUGCAGUGACUGUGGAGCUAGAGACACUGAGGGGAAGAGGCCACUUCAUUUAGCAGCGCACUGUAAAGGAAGCCAUGCUAAGAAUGUUGUUGAGAUGCUCAUUGAAAAGGCGUCAAGUGAUAUUGGUGAGUUUUACUCCCAGGGCCGGAGAGGGGCACUUUGGGGGUGGGGGAUGGUAGCAUUUUUAGAGACUAAUGUGACAAUGCACAAGGUGCAUGCAGUCAAGAGCUUCUUCAGUUUUCAGUUGUUGUUAGAAAUUCCUAUAUGCAUGUCACAUGCUUAAUUUAUAGUUACCCUUAAAUCAGGCAUUUUUUGAACAUUAAAAAUGCUUGAGUCAGUACAAUUAGAUUUUUUAUUUUAUUUUAGAGAGAGUUUCCAAUUAAGGUUCUGUACAUGCUGGAAACAUUGAUAUGUUCUAAAGGCUUACAACUGUACCUGUGGAUAAUUUGACUGAAAUUAUUAUUAAUUGCAUAUGUUACUGGUUUGCAGAUGUACCAGACAGGUUUAGCAACUCCCCCCUGCACUGGGCAACCAAAGAAGACAAUCAGCCUAUUCUAUUGGCUCUUAUCAAGGGGGGAGCUAAUGUUAAUGCUAAAGGUUAUGUUGGAAAGACUCCUCUCCAUAUAGCUGUAAGUGAGGGUUGUGUGUAUGGUACAAUUACUAGGGUAUAGCUGUUGCCUUUUGAAUUGUGUUUAUUAUGAUUUGAAAAAAAAUCCAGUUAAAAAGGAAAAACAUGAGAAACCAAUGAGAGAAUUAACAUCUUGUGAACGUCAGCCACCCACAGAAAAAUCGUUCAAACUCAAUAGGUUUGGAUAACUUUUAUCCAGCAGAAUUUUUGGUUUAAAAUACAGUCAUGAGUUUGCUAAAGGGAAAUGUGUUCCAAUGGAAUGUUGCAGGCUACACAUUGGGAAUAUCACUCCUUGUGAUUACCCUAAACCCUGCCAGCACCAAGAAAAUAUUUUUUCACUUAGAAAAAAUCUCCAGCAAAAUAAAAUGUCAACAUAGUAUUUUCGAGUUAUGAUCUGUAUUGACUGGUUUAACAAAAAAUGGAUAUCUGAAUGUAGCCAGAAGAAUUCUGCCUCAGUGUUUACUAAUACGUAAACUUUUAAUAAAUUCAUUUUAUUGAACAGGCUUCCCAUGGAUAUGAAAAAUCAUCUGGAACCUUGCUGGAUCAUGGUGCUGAUGUGACAAUCACUGAUGACAAUGGUAUGUACAGCUGUGUGUGCAGAAAUCAGGGAAAUUGAGUUUCACUUGUAAUUUAAUGCAAAAUUGUCGCUUCAGUGAUUCCCUCGAGAUGUCAGACUCUCUUCUCUCAAGAUGAGAUACUUGUCUUGUCUCCGCGUGUCUGGCGAGAAAUGAAAGGAGACUGGUAACUUGCCUUUCAGCUGUACUGUGUGUAAUGGGUGGAUGUCUGACGUGGUGGGCUAAUGGUUAACAUAAUAAUGUAUGGUACUUAGAUCUACACGAGUGGAUUUGAAACUUUGCCUUGCCAAUUAAUCCAUUGCUGAUGAUUAUUAUUAGUACAUGUGUAGGCGUACUGGUACUAAUAAUGUUUCUGUUUUUUUUUUCUUUUUGUUUAGGUCUCUCACCCGUGGAUGUAGCUAGGGGAAGAAGAGUACAGACAGUGCUUAGAGGUGUGUUGAUAUACUUUGAUACAGUAUGUGAUAAAAACCUACCUUACAAGACAACAUGUAACUUCUUCUAAUAUGGAGUUAUUUGAGAGAGCUGUAACUUUCGUCAAGUUUUUUUCUUUUUUAUUUUCUUCUGGGCUUUCAGUGUUUGUUCAUUUAAUGGUGUCUUAUUUAUAUGUGUUCAUGAAUUUUAGUUUCAUACACAGGGGUGGAUCUAGGGGGAGGGUGCAGGGGGUGCGCACCCCCCUCCCCCCUGAGAUGACCUGCGGUUUUCUAAUACAACUGGUAUUCUGUAAAAAAAAAAAAAGUGGUUUAUUGGUGUUGAAGUAGAGCAAGACACGAGUGCACCCCCUCCUAAAAAAAAUCCUGGAUCCGCCCCUGAUACAGUCUGCUCCUUGGUAAAAGUUUGCUUUUUUACUUGUAGAUGCUUGGGCAGAACAAACCAAGUAUUUUAAAUCAAAGAGAAUCUUUUCAGGUAAAGUACAAGUUUGUAUGCUUUGUAGAUGUGGCAAUGAAGGAAAUAAACAAAUUAAAAAGGAUGGAAAAUAUCUGGAAUAAAUUUUUUAUCAGCAAGCGAUUGUAAUCGUUAUCAUCAUCCUUGUUGUGUGCAUGGCAUAAACCAUAGAUGUUUUAUUUUAAACAGCUCCUGUGCAACCUGCUGAUCAGCAAGACCUGACUGAGCCAAACACCCGGACUGCAGUAACACAGCAAGUAUCUGAGGUGGUUCUAACAAGCAGUUUUUAUUAGAGGCUUUUAGAUUCGAGCUGGACAAGACGACUACCGGACGAGAAUUGACGAGGUUUUAUCGCGCAUUCUCCAAAAACAGACACCCCGGAAAGCUUCAUUUUAUUUUUUUCACCAGAGAAGUUUUCAAGAGUAUCUAACUGAAGGAGGCUAACCCCUCUCCUGAUCGCGAAUGAUAAAAGUUUCAACUUUUGAGAACUUGUUUCCCUCCACUACGACAUUAGGAAGUUAAAGACCCCGUUUACACGGGUCUGGACAAAUUUUUGAACGGGCAAAAACUUGCACGGAUCCGCCUUUCCUUUACACGAGACCUACGGAACCGUGCAGAUUUUUUGACCGAGAAAGUGUGUUAAUUUGCUCGUUUCCGUGUAAACGGGGUCACACAGGUAAGAAAAUUGUCCGGACCCGUCUAAGCGACGUGAACGUCAAAAAAGCAUUGGUUGAAUAGGUAAAACAACAACUCUGCACGUGCAGAACGCUCUUUUGUACAUUUCUUUGCCGUCACUGCACGACUACGAUGUGAAAAUGUCUAGUUUCACGUUUUAUACAGGAAGUGAAAUUGGUUAUGGUUCUUAUAAAUUCAGCUCUAGAAGAUUUCGCUUGUAUUUGACAAAGUAGGCGAGUUGGAAAAAAUAUCGCGAUAGAGAUGUUUUCGCCUUAAACUUCCUGUUUAGAAUGACGGCGGCUAUCGCUUUUUUCCGGGAAAUUGACACUAGUUCACGCUCGCGCACUACUUAUAUAGUGUUUAGAAAAUCUCGUGCUCGUAGUCGUCCGCCUCUUAGAAUCUAAAGGUCUCUAUUGUUGGCUCCUCUGCAUCCUAUUUCCAACAAUGAUUUUCUUUGGUCUCAAGAGUGGUCACAUGAUCUUGACAACAUUGAUUGUCAUUAUUUUAUAGGAAUCUACUAUUACUCGACUCAACACUGCCCCACUCCAAGGAGUAGAAAGUAAGUGAAAAAAGAAAAGAAAAGUUGCAAAAGAUCCAAAUUAUAUAUAUGCGCUUUUCUAAACUCUUACUCUUAUCUAGAUUUAUUGGGUGCAGUUAUAACUUGUGAUAUUUUCUCUUUGAAGGUUUGAAUCGUUCGCUCUCUUGUUUUCCACAGAAAGUGUUAAAAAAAGGUCAUCUCAAAAUUCAUUACGAGACUUUUCCGCACUUGAAGAAAGGUAUGUAUAGUGAUAGCAUGCAGAACAGCCGCAUUAUUAUUAUUAUUAUUAUUAUUAUUAUUAUUAUUAUUAUUAUUAUUAUUAUUAUUGCAUAUUCUAGGAGAGCGCAGAGAACGAGCGACGAGACAGGCGAAUAACGCUAUCCUUGUGCAUCGCAAUAACCUGAGCCGAAUUUAUAAAAGUUACGCAAGUUUCGCAGGCUUCCUAGCCUGUGUACAAACGUCUACAGUUUUUGUUCCACGCGCGACGAAAAAGGAAGUAGGCACGCAUAAAACUAUCCUUGAUUUCAUACUAAUAAUGCUCGGUUUGGUGUCAAUGAUACUGCCUUACUUAUAUUAUGCUCGGGCAAUUGUUGCUUUUUUUUUACCAGGAAAAACAUUCUUCCCUCAAGAAAGAUUUCUGAUGUUCGCAUGCCAAGAAUUCCAUCAGUUUCCACAACAAACUCGAACUCAGGUUCCCGGUCUUCUUCUGGUUUAGUUUUCCGAGAGCAGUCCAGGGAACAAUUUCUGGGUGAGUUCCGUAUUUCAAUAAAAUACAAACGUAUUUUUCUUGAUGGCGAAGCUUUGUUAAUUGUUUGAGGAAAGAUUGUCCUAAUAGCGAGCUUUUAGAACUAUUUGCUGUUGGUAAUUUCAGUUUCAAGUGCAAGAGAUGCCCAAGUGACUUCAGGGGCCUUACCAAGUUUGUCUGUUCUCAACAUCGAGCUAAGAUAUGUCAGGUAAAUAGAAGAUAUUUUCUCUUAUCUCAUGUGUUGAAGCAUUUUAGCCAGUCAGCUUCUAGUGUGUUGUUUUGGUUUUGUUUCUUUCUCUUCGACAUAUCCUUCUAUCAGGAGACAGGCAGGACACCACCCUUUGUAAAGACAAACAGAGUAAAUAAACAGUCAAUCUCCAUCUUUGAGGAGUAAUUAAGUGUCUACGGGAACGAUUUCCGGGCCUUAAGGAUGUGACAACAUCAUGAAGGGUACCCACUUAAUGUAGCUUCGUGUUUGAAAGGAUUGACUGUAUUAUGCUCUCCUUUUAUUUCUUGUUAAAUUGUAUAGACCUUGUCCCUCUGUUUAAGUUGCUGCUUUUCUUUCCUUAGAAAUUUACGUGGAGAAAAACCAGAGUCGCGGAAUAAAAACCGUCCCUACCAUUUACCCCUUCCGCCUAAUUAUCGCAUACGUCAUCGACUUUCAAGCCCAGUCCUCACGUAUCAACGCAAGAUCUCUCCACCAGCAACACCUGAGAAGGACUUGCGACUGAGAUCGUCAUCGACCAGUCAGGUCCCAAGCCCCCGAGUAGCUGUACCGUCAAGAGUACCUCCUUUGGGAGUGAACCGAGUUUUGACCCCAGAGUUGAGAUCCAUCACUUCACCAGAUAUAGCUCAACCCAUCUUACCUGUAGCAGCUGAUGUCGUAGAUCUUGGUACGUACGAAAAUUCUUCUUGUUCCGCUUAUUUAUAUGUUUUUAGUGCUUGAUCUGCCUUCUAGAGAGGUUAGGUAUAAGCCCUCGAUUAGUUUUAUAUCAUACGGCAAUUGGGAGCUUUAGCAACGACGACGGAAAAUUAGCAAAAAUACGUGUAAGAGGCCUCUCUUAAGAACCCGACUGCAAUCCGUUUGAAUCUUCUUCGUUUUUUUUGUCCAUUCGCACCCUUUUUGUAUGUGCUGUGUAAUUUAAAUGUUCCUUUACUGUUUUAAGCGGUAUUUAAUCUCAGUCAAUGUAAUACCCAGUUUUGAUUAAAUUACAUCAAAGCGCCUUUAAAGGUUUUUCAGAAUCGCGCUUAGCACAUAUCCUCCUGUCAUCCCUUUUUUGUUAUAUUUAUUUAUUUAUUUAUUCAUGUUUGUUUACUUAUUUAUUAUUUCUUAGAUCUACUUAGAAAAAAUGGUCUUCAGGGCGCAGUAGUUUCAGCGAGGGAAGUCUUGCCGCCACCACCCUCCCCCCGUGGGUCUUCACGUGCGUCUAAUACGAGCCAAGGAGAAGGAGAACUGGAAUCUAACCAGACGCAAACUGGCGAGGGAGGCAAUAUGACAGACACCUUUGCGUCAGUUUCACGCUCCAUGUUUUGGAUUCCCGCGGAUGAUAGUAGCAGUGAUAUUAACACAGAAUCCAGUGAAAAAAUGAAAAGGGAUUCAUCAUCAAACGGGACACAAUUUUACAUCGAUCUUAAAAACCUAGAGGCUCUUGCCUCGGGUAGCUGUUCGUUGUGCGGUGAAUCCCUUCCCGAGGAAAAACGCGCGGGACGGAGAGACUCCAACGAGUCGUCUCCGGGUAAAGAGUUUUGUAAGUCUUGUCAACCUCGUCGUAGAUCAAGUGAAGAUGUUUUCUGGAUUCCUUUUACCGAUAAAAGAAAAGCUUCGGCAUUAAAAACUUUGAAAGGCGAAAGUGGAGAUGAAGCCACGAAAACAGACAGCAGAAAGAAAUCUAAUGAUGAAACUAAAGAACAGUGCAAAAUUCAUCAGAUGUCAGACAACGAGGCGGAAAAUCAAACAAAAAGGAACUCAACUUCUGUUAUGGAACAUGAAAACAAAGCGGUUGUGUUGGCAAAUGCUUCUAGUAAGGCUUCAGCAUCUUCUCAACCGCGGCUUCAUUCGUUUCCUUCAGACAUGACAGGUUUUAACGUUUCGUGUGUAUGUGAUAAUACUACAGGCGUUUGCUCUUGUACAAUUGUGAAGAAGGACUUGCUUACUUCAUCAUUUCCUGCUGAACAAUCAAGUAAAACUGAUACGUCCUCGUCUUCAAACCAUUCAAUUGACAUCGCGGCAUCAAGGACUAGUUCUGCAUCAGUGGAUGUUGUAAAGACUGUUGGUGAAGCAAGCUCAUUGGUAGAUUCCACGCUUGCCACUCGACCAGGAGAUAUCUCUGCUUCUGCUUCUUCUUCUACGCCCGUUUUCUCUCCGUCUAAAAGUAAAUUUAAGGCAAGGAAAGAAACCGACAUAACUCUCAAAUCUUUUUCGGAACCUGAUGUUUAUAAUCCUGCAAAUCAAGAGAGUACUACAGCAUUGUUAAGCAAUGAUGGAAGACAGAAUGGUGAUGGCAGUGGUAAAGGCUUUGGUGAGGUUUAUGAACGAGAGGCGCUUGAUGAAGGGUAUACGGAGAAUUCGGCUUUGAAUUCAUCGUUAGAUGCUACUCUACCCAAACAAGCAUGGACCACGCCCAGAAUAGAGGAGCCUAGCGCUCAUAGUGUGAGGAUUAUCAACCCCUUUCCGUCACCUGUACCCCCUGAAAACAAGUCGGCUGUUCACCCUCCUAUCGGACCUGCAGAUGACACAAGGAUUGGGAAUAAAAAACCAACAGCUGGUAGAAAGGGUAAGAAAGGAGGCUCAAAACCAUCGGGGAACUCAAAAAGUGGCAAACCUAAAACUAAAAGCAAAGGCCAGGAAAGCAACGGCAAGGGAGGGAAGAAGAAAGGCAAAGGAAAGAAGAAAGACGACGUGAAAAUGAUAACUGUACAGCAAAGGGAAGUCAGGGAAGAGCUUGGACUUAAGACUAUUUCCCAGGGGGGUUUUGAAAUGCCGGAGGAUGUGCCGGUACCCCCUACCUUGUCAAUGGACUAUCUUUCCACGUUUCGGCCUUUUAACAGUCGGACGCUUAAAGGAAAACACACUAUCUUGAGCCCAAUACCGGAGUCCCCGCGGAGCAAGGCAAGCACCCCACGGGUCAGUGAUACUUCCAAGAUUGUAACAGAGAGUAAUAAAGGGAGCCCGGAGGGAAAUGCGGUCGAAAACCUCGCGUUAGGAGGUACGGAUGAAAAGGUCUUGGACACUUGCGAAGGAGAAGCUAUGAGAGAAGAGUUUGAUGAAGUAGAUGGAGGAAUUAUGGGUAAAUUAAUGGAAAUUGGGAUGUGUGUACCCCGGCUGUCUUUUGGAAAAUCGAAGACAGUUUCUGGGUCCGAUGACGAUUGUAGUGAGCCGCCUGUUACGCGUUCUAAUAAGGAUGCAGUUCAGGAUCAACAGCAUGCACUGGCUGAAACCAUUGAUACAAGUGAUAAUUAUGACAUACAGGUUAAGCAGGUUAUACAAGAUGAAGCUGAUGACGUCAUGGAAGAGAUUGUGCAGCGUGGACUUGGUUUACGAGAAGGUAUGGAAGUUAGGGUAACCUCAUCUGAUGAGCGUGCUGAGUUAGAAAGUCACAUCAUCACCGACGAUUCCUUGACGAACAUAACAAGCGAAGCGAGCUCCAGCCUCUCACAGGACGGUGAACAAUGGGUUUUAAGCUACCAACACUCAAGAGACUUUUCAUCUAACCCAGUUACCGAAUCAGACAUAAUUUUCCCGAGUGAAGAAGCCGAACGACAGUCUUUUGGUUCCCGAGCAUCUUCGGAGCUAAGUUCGAGCUCAUACUCGGAACAGUUUUCCGAUACGGACUCAUCGUACAAUAGUUGUGACUCGGAAUCACCUCGCCCUCUCUCGCCAGCCUCCUCGCUAAACAGCAGCGACACUUACUUCAACUCACCACGUGACUCCUCCUGCACGGACACGCCCACACCUGACAGAGACAUGCGCUCUGACAACUCCGUGGAAAUCGAUUACUACGAGCGCAUGGCUAGUGAAAAGUCUGGUGCCAGCAGGAGUAGUAGCAACAGCUCUACUAUUCGAACGCAGUCUAACGCAUCACUUGGGAGUGUGGGUAAUAUUUCCCAGAGUUCAAUGGGUAGCUUUUCUAGUGUUAUGUCUGAGAACGUCGUUCGGAGUCGACUCAGUGCGUCUGCUCGGAGCCAGCUGUCCUCGGACAGCUGUGAAGAAGAAAUUGUUUGGAAGAAAGGGAACUUGUUGGGAAAAGGAGCAUUUGGAACGGUGAGUAGACGUUUUGAUUACCACCAAUCGUAAAAAAGUUUGAAGUCGAAAAACCCCCUGUGUAUUCAUUACUGUCAACCCUUAAUAUAGUCUGCUUCACAGCCGUUCUUUGUCUCGUCACGCAACGCUCCUCCUCACAAAGCGUUGCGUAACGACCCAAAAACGGCUAUGGAGCAGACAACCCCGUUAGUGGCCACCCGAUUGUUUGUUCAUUGUUGCUGGUUCUUUCCUGAGCCUCCUCCUUUUUAUUUUUUGAUCGCAAUGUUUAAGAACACCUUGUCUGCAACCUGUUCAUCCUGAAUUUUUCGUGAUCUCGUAUUGUGUAAAUUGAACGUUUGUGUGGCGCCCAUUUUUUACAGGUUUGGUGCGGUCUCACUAACACAGGAGAGAUGAUCGCAGUAAAACAAGUUGAACUCAAUCACAGCAACUGGGACGAAGCUGAAAAGGUAUUUAACCAUACACAGGGUUCUCAUUAAGUGCCGGCAGCCGGCUAAAAAGCCCACUACUUGGAGGUUUGAGCCAUAUACUUUUUGGGGAAAUAGGGUAAAGUGAGAGAGUGAAAGCCUGAAGUUGCCUACAGCACUCAGUUACCAAACCGCCUUCUUUAACAUCCUAGCUGUCUACUUGAAAAAUUAAUGAGAACCCUGAUACAGAAUCUAAUAUAACCGAUUUUCAACGAUUCUCUCAUUCAAAAUGAACACCGAGCUGAGACCAUGUACUGAACUUGCGCCUCAACUUCUGCGCUGUAUUAGUAUAAACCACUCAGUUCAUAAUUGCGGCCCAUUAUUUAUUCUUUCACAUGUAUAUGUUGUAGUUAAUUUUUUAUCUCAGGUAAUUUUUCUUUUUCUUUUGUUUAAACAUCAUUAGCAUACAUUAUCAUACCCAAAAACAAAAGAAAAAUAAAAAUUACCUGAGAUAAAAAAUUAACUACAACAUAUAUAAAUGAACCUUUUUGGUCUCGUUUGAAAGUAACAAUUCUUUUUUAUUUUGCACGUGCUAAUGAGGUCAGACAGGCUAAUUAUCGUACAUAAAACAAAUGUAUCAAUAGGACCCGAUAAAUUCCCAUUUUGUUGUUCCGCUCAGUGUCAGAACAGCUUACCUGCAUAUUUUAGCCUUAGCAAAUAUUGCAUUUUAUGAGUGGUCGCUGUAGUUUUCUCUUCUUUAACUUUUUUUUAGCAAUACGAAAAACUUCAGGAAGAAGUGUUCCUGCUGAAAUCUCUGAAACACAAUAACAUAGUCAAGUAAGUAUAGAACUGUUUUUUUUUUCAGCCUUAUUCUGAGCGAGGUAGAUUUCUUUCCCUGGUCAAGAUCCUUACAAGUUCUUGAAUCAAGGAGGUGGUUAACUAUACAAAACGCAAUCCGCCAGGCUUCACGCAAGCACAUAUACAUAAUCUAAGCAUUUUGCUGGGUAUUGCUUAUCACAUUAAAGCACAAUUUAGUUAACAUCUUUCUUCUCGCAAUUUAGUCACGGCCAUAGAUCGAGAAGUUCCGUUUUUUAAGUCCCGUAAAAACUUCGUUCCACACCAGUGCCGUACCUUGUCAUCGGGAUGAUCAGACUGGUACGAAGCUAAUGUUUUAUAGCAAGUUUUGUGACCAUUUUCAUAUUCCUGUUUUGUUCGACUGUUUUUAGGUUCAUUGGCACUUGUUUAGAUGGAGGUGUGGUAAACAUCUUUAUGGAGUACGUGCCCGGCGGUUCCAUUGCCUCUAUACUUGCACGGUAAGGUUCCAAAACAAACGCGGUAGUGUGUUGUUUAUUCAGUCUAUAUCCACGCUGCGCUACUCCGUUUAAAAUAGUAAACUCAUGCAAACUUAAGCGUUUAUGGCCUAUGUAAACGGUACCGUGCCGUCCGUGCGAGCUGUAAUUCCCGUAGUCUGCUCGUUUACACGCAGACAAGCCAACUACGCGAAUGUCAGUAACGCGAAUGACUUCCUAAAUGGUGAAAACCAUGCCGGACUGGAACCUUUACUAGCAGAGUAGAAAAGGUUGGGAAACCCAUGCACUGCUACAGUAUAAGAAAGGGAUAAUUUGCGGCUUCUGAUUGAACGAAGCUUUUUUUACAUGUGAGACAACAACAACAACAACAUAAGUUUUAUUUGCAUGACUAUAAUUAUGUAGUUACAGUAUUGCAAAAGCUUUAACAUAAAAAAACAAACAAACAAAAAACAACAACCAAAAACAAACAAACAAACAAAUCAUAACAAUGAUAAUGCAAUGCAAUGAUUACUAUAGUCAAUCAAGUGUUAUCAGCAUGAUUUGAUAACAAAUUAUUACGUAAAUCAUUACCUAAUGAGACAAAUUUCAACAAAUGUGAAUUUACGGAAAAAUUCUGAGACACAUCUUACGCUACCUUACCAUACCCUACGCCUUUCGCGGCCUGUGUAUAGCCAAAACUCGUCGUAUCUUUCAAGUGAAUAAGGCAAUUGAAGGAUCAACUGUGUAUUUAAUGUGACUGUUUCACUGUCUCUUAGGUUUGGAUGUCUUGAUGAGUCUGUUUUCCGUCGCUAUACUAAGCAGCUGUUGUCAGGCGUGUCCUAUCUUCAUAACAACAACGUUAUUCAUAGGUUAGUAAAUUCACAGCUAGUUUCAACUGAACUGUUACUUAAUCCUUACAUGGCACCCGCUUUAAGAUUUAAAGCGGCAUUUUUAAGGCAUUUUUGUUUUCCGCUUUCUACGCAGAUCUUCAUGAAAAGUGAAAUGUACAACGUCAUAAAAAUAGAAUAAAUCAUAGUAAUAAUGAUUAUGGUAAACUUGAAUAGCGCCAAUUUUAAUAACAGCGCUAUUUUCAUAAGCCCUUAAAAGAAAAUUGUAAAAAAAUCCUUAAAAUGAACCUUGGAAAAGUACAACUAGAGGGGUUUUUGUUUGAACGAUCAAACCGAAGUCUCUCCUCGACAUCUUCUACACCUUUCACUACCAAAAGGACCGAGGUGAAAAUUCAAGAAAAGUUACAAUUUUGAUUUUGUAAAGUGCUAAAAACAAAUUGUACCCUUUGAAAUUACUGCCGGAGAGGUUUCAUUUGAAUGGUCAUACCGCAGUAUCUUGUCCAUACACUCAAAGUUUAGUACAGAAGAUCCCCGUUAAUACGGACACUGAGCGGGCCAUAGAAAGUGUCCGUAUUAACAGGGUGUCCGUAUUGAGGCACAAAGCAAACUGUCCGUAAACGGGGGUUUGACUGUCAAUAAUUAAUAUCAAUCAAUAAUUUAUUUACCCACGUUAUCGUCUAAGAGCACAAGUGCUCGUUCAAAAUACAAACGUGCAUUAAAAACCACCUUACAAGACUCCAUCAUCAUUCAUUUAAGGGCCAAGGGUACAAGAAGCCCUUCUUACCUUAUUGAAUAUCAAAUUGACCAUAAUAUAGAAAUCUACAUAGGAAAUCUACAUCGGAAAAAAGCGUUGUAAGGAUCAGUCUUUUUCCCCUUUCAUUCAACAAGUACUAAGUUGUGAACCUCGUGCUAUUUUCAUCUUGCAGAGACAUCAAAGGUGGGAACAUUAUGGUUAUGCCUAGUGGUGUUCUCAAGCUGAUAGACUUCGGUUGCGCUAAACGUUUGUACAUGGUACGUUUGUGCUUUUAAAAGUAAUUCCUUGCUUUUAAUCAACGUCGUUUACAGCGUCCUCCCUACUCGGGAGACGAGUCGGAGAGGACCCUGGGAACGAGGUUUUAAUUAGAAGAGCAUGGUUUUCCACUACAGGUAAAUAUGCCCGCGUUGUUUGCAACGCAACCUAGUAAGCAGCGGGAGCCAUCUUCGUUUGCAAAGUUCAUUACGUGAAUCCGAGGUUAAGUAAGGCGCCAACAAUACAAUAGACCACGUACCUAACCCUGACCUCCUGUCGGCGUUUUACUGACAAGAUUCUAGCCUUUUCUUGGCUCCAAGCUGGAGCCUAUAACCUGGAGCGAAAAGCUCUCAUACUAAGCCCAUCCAUCGGCGUUUUCGCAGACCAGUUUAUAUUUAGCAUCAUUUUGCGGCACUUUUUCCCGCUAACAUGGAAGCACCGUCCCGUAUGCGUACGCAUACAUAGUGCAAUAAUGACUAUCAAAACAUCAGAAAUACUAUUUCCUAGCCUCCAGUUUUUGCUGCCUGAUUUAUAAGACUUAUUUGAUGGUCAAAAUUCGCGAGAAAAUCGCUGUUAAAAUAAAGUGAUCUGUGAAAACACCGUUUCAUUGGCACAAAAAGUUUCUUGCCCGAGUUAUGGGCUCCCGCUCCAAUAUAGUAAUUUGCAGAGAUCGUGAAAAAUGAUUUGAUGCAAAAAAACCCGCGGGGGCAGGGGAGAGAAAAGGAACGCACGAAGGAAGUCAGCUCCCAUCUCCGAUAACAAUGUGGCUGGAUGUCAAACCUGACCUUCACGAAUUCGGCCGCCGCUUAAUGCUUCUGCUGCUGGGACGCAAGAGGGAUAUCUGUUGAUAUUUAUGUUCCCGCAUUAUUUUUUUAUAUCACGUAUUAAAAGCCUUUUUUGCGACCUCACGUGUUUGUAAAUUUGUUUCAGAACCUUAGUAUGAGUCAGAGCAAUAUUCUUCGGUCCAUGAAAGGCACUCCCUACUGGAUGGCGCCCGAGGUCAUCCGGGAGACUGGACACGGCCGGAAGUCAGAUAUCUGGUCAGUGAAAUUUUUUUCUUGUCACCCUGGUGUUUUAAAGUCUAUUGUGUUUAUGGCAUUUAUUGGUUUCUACGUGUUGAUGAUUAUUUACAGUUAAUCUAUUUAUUUUUUAUCAGGAGUGUUGGAUGCACAGUUUUUGAAAUGGCUACCGCAAAACCUCCAUGGUAAGUCGUCAAUUGCGAGCCUACCAUCAAAGAUUUCCGGUAAUAAGUAUUAGAGAAAGACUUAACACUUGAACAUACAGUACCGCUUGGAAGCAAGCUUGUUGUCACUCGUGUCUGGAGACUCGAGACUCGAGACUUCAAACCCGAAAUUUUCAAAUCUUGGGUCUCGAGACGAGACUUUCGAGUUUCGGUACCAAAGUUUCGAGUCGAGAAGUGUAAAUUGUUAAAAUGUAGAAAUGUGGUAGUGUAAGACAAUCGUAAGUAGAAACAACUGUAUUCUGUUAUACUGGCGUAAUUUGAUAUUUUAAGAGUGUGAUAAGAGACCUUUUUUAAUUAGAAGAAGAAAUUACACCAAAAUAUUUAUCAAGGCUCUUAUUUUGCUUUUCAGGUCUGAUAUGCCUCCAAUGGCCGCUAUCUUUGCCAUCGGAAGUGGCUCAUUGGCGAUUCCGCAACUUUCCGAAGAUUUCUCGGAAGGCGCUCGGGACUUCGUGAACAAGUGUUUGACCAGGUAUUUUUCUAUGUUUUAUGAUAGAAAGAACUUCAGGUAGGCCCACAAAGUUUACAAUGUUAACCGACUCUCAUACUCUUCCAAGUUUGGCCUAUGUUAAAGAAAACUUUGAAAUGUAUUUUUCCCGGGUGCAUUAAUAUAUCACUAAUGAUUUUUCACCUUUAUUAAUAAGCCAUCUGUUUAUAAUUGCAGGGACCCGGACUUGCGCCCUACGGCUCAUGAACUGCUUCAACACCACUUCCUAAACGACUUUCAGUAAUAGAAACAAUAGACCCGAGAUUACCUGUCACAAUAUUCCGCAAAGCUCCGAGAACGUGAGAAAAUAUCUCCUACUCUUUCGCGGCUUGUCGACUUAAUUUCCCUUGAGGAGAAAGGAAACCUCAAAAUUUUUCAAACAGAAAGUAAAGGGCUUUCGUCAAUGGUAUCGCCAACUUGUUUACGUAGCUACGUCCCCCCCCCCUCCCCC